AUGAAUAAAGCUUAAGUUUUAAAAUCUCUAGUGUUAAGACAACCAAAAGAAAAUUUGAAAAGAUUGCAUCCAGUAGCAUAAGAAAAGAGAGAGUAAUACUCUUAAACACCAGAACCACUUCAAUAUAAAACAAGAGAAGAGUCUCCAUUCAGAGUAUUGAGAUCUUAAAAUGGAAAUCUUCCGGUAUACAGAAAGUUUUUCGUGAGAAGUGAAAUACCAAGAACAGUAAUAAGACACAUUGAAGGAGAUGUUAAUGAAUUUAUUAAGGAAUUAAGAAAAGUAUGUUCAAAUGCAGAUGUAAUUGAGAAGGUAUAAGAUUGAAACAUAUGAUUAGGUUGGAAGAGUUGAAGUAAAUGGGAGUCAUACAAUAAGUGUAAGAAAAUGGUUGACAUAAUUAGGAUUCUGAGAAUAACAUAUAUAUAUAUAUAAGAGAC